CAGCCCAGUGGUAUCGACAGGCAGGGAAAGCCCUCAGACAGUAAGUACAGUGUCUCCGGUGAACACCGCCGCUCCGCACUCUGCUGGCUCUACACUGAGGGCUGCUCCUCUAAACGGACUGAAACACACUUCAAGACAACAAGACAAAGCUGUAGCAUUGAUUUGUUUGUAGGAGGAACAUGGCUGAUGUAAGUUCAAACGAGUCGUCCACCGCGGACGUGGCGAAUAGGUUUGCUCGUAAAGGUGCUUUGAGGCAAAAAAACGUCCACGAAAUCAAGAACCAUAAAUUCACAGCCAGGUUCUUCAAGCAGCCGACUUUCUGCAGCCACUGCACCGACUUCAUCUGGGGGUUUGGAAAGCAAGGAUUCCAGUGCCAAGUUUGCUGUUUUGUGGUCCACAAGAGGUGCCAUGAAUUAGUCACAUUCUGCUGCCCAGGGGCAGAUAAGGGGCCCGACACAGACGAUCCCAGAACGAAGCACAAGUUCAAGAUCCACACCUAUGGGAGCCCCACCUUCUGUGACCACUGUGGCUCUCUGCUGUAUGGCCUCAUCCACCAGGGCAUGAAGUGCGACUCCUGCGAUAUGAAUGUCCAUAAUCAGUGUGUUAUGAACGUCCCCAGCAUGUGUGGAACCGAUCACACCGAAAGGAGGGGCCGUCUCUUCCUCAAGUGUGAGGUCACUGUGGAUAAGCUGCAGGUCACAGUGACUGAAGGCAAAAACAUGAUCCCCAUGGACCCCAACGGCCUGUCUGAUCCCUACGUCAAGCUCAAGCUCAUACCAGACCCCAAAAAUGCAUCCAAGCAGAAGACCAAAACUAUCCGCUCCAACCUCAACCCCAAAUGGAACGAGACCUUCACUUUCAAGCUGAAGCCUACAGAUAAGGACCGCAGGCUGUCAGUGGAGGUGUGGGACUGGGACCGCACCACCAGGAAUGACUUCAUGGGGGCCCUUUCCUUCGGCGUAUCAGAGCUCAUGAAGGCUCCAGUCUGUGGCUGGUAUAAGUUAUUGUGCCAGGAGGAGGGGGAGUACUACAAUGUUCCCAUCUCAGAGGAGGAUGAUGGAAAUGAGGAACUCAGGGAGAAAUUUGAGAAAGCCAAGUUAGGCCCAGGUAAGAAGAUGAUCAGCGAGACGGACGACAGCCACUCCAGCCAGCUGCCUUACAUCAGCCUGAACCAGGUCAAACUCAGCGACUUCUCCUUCCUGGCUGUGCUCGGGAAAGGGAGCUUCGGCAAGGUCAUGCUGGCAGAGAUGAAGGGCACUGAAGAGCUGUACGCAAUAAAGAUCCUGAAGAAGGACGUGGUGAUCCAGGACGAUGACGUGGAAUGUACCAUGGUGGAGAAGAGAGUCCUGGCCCAACAGGACAAGCCGCCCUUCCUCACACACCUCCACUCGUGCUUCCAGACUGUGGACCGUCUGUACUUUGUCAUGGAGUAUGUGAAUGGGGGAGACCUCAUGUACCAUAUCCAACAAGUGGGCAAGUUCAAGGAACCUCAGGCAGUGUUCUAUGCAGCAGAGAUCGCUGCUGGCCUCUUCUUCCUGCACCUUAAAGGAGUCAUCUACAGGGAUCUGAAGUUGGACAAUGUGAUGCUGGACUCUGAGGGACACAUCAAGAUUGCUGACUUUGGCAUGUGCAAAGAGAACAUGGCAGAAGGAGUGACGACGCGCACCUUCUGCGGCACUCCAGACUACAUAGCCCCAGAGAUAAUUGCUUAUCAGCCGUAUGGACGCUCUGUAGACUGGUGGGCAUAUGGAGUUCUGCUCUACGAAAUGCUGGCAGGACAGCCUCCAUUUGAUGGCGAGGAUGAAGAUGAGUUGUUCCAGUCUAUUAUGGAGCACAACGUGUCCUACCCCAAGUCCUUGUCCAAAGAAGCUGUCUCCAUCUGCAAAGGGCUGAUGACCAAACACCCAUCCAAGCGCCUGGGCUGCAGCCUCGAGGGAGAGAGGGACAUCAGAGAGCACGCCUUUUUCAGACGCAUCGACUGGGAACGCCUCGAGAGCAGGGAGAUACAGCCGCCCUUUAAGCCUAAAGUGGGCUCCAGUUCCUCUAAUAAGUGUGGCAAAGGAGCUGAGAACUUUGACAAGUUCUUCACACGCACCCAGCCCCAGCUCACACCGCCAGAUGAGCUGGUUAUCGCCAACAUCGACCAGGCCGAGUUUGCAGGGUUCUCUUUCAUCAACCCGCAGUUUGUAAACCCGCCGAUCAAUAACAGCGUAUGAGAAGGAUGGAGAAACCUCUCUGAAGAACCUCCCUGCUCACUGCCACCCACUUAAAGCAACCACCAACCUACCAUCUGACCACAACUUGAUCAAGGCCCCCUGUAAACCUUUGUGUAUUAGUUUUAUUCAUUUGCAGCGCUCCAGGGCAUGCAUAUUUGUUCUGUACAAUAUAUUUGACGGUAUAGAUUAGAUUAGGUUCUCUGGCCAUCACUAGAAAUCAUUUACUUUAGUUUAAUGAUGAGCAUGUACUGUAGACAAGGAUGUCCUUCUUUACAGCUGCAAUCUGUAUUGGAGGUUUACCAAAACUGGAGGCAACUGAGAUAGAAGGGUGUUGGGCUUUAUUUAUCUAUGCCAGUAUACAAUGAAAAUUUGAGAUUAAAUUAAUCUUGGGUGUAUAUUAUGUAAGCAAGAGAAUAUUAAAGGAGCAUUCAGCUAAAAUAUAAUUUUAGGCAUGGAUUAAUUACUGGACUUAUUCAGGUAAAGGUUUUCAUACUUACAAAUCUCAAUGGAUAACAUUAUGGGUCACAGUUUGGUUCCAUAUGGAUAAUUAUCCCAAUAAAGAUAUUAUGUGAUGACCCGAAAUACACUCGCAUAAGGCAGUGUAGACACUAUAGCCAAAUAUGAAGGACAGGUGGUGCAGGCGUUGAAACAACACCUCGUGAUUCAAUGUCUCCUGUAUCAUGUUUACAAUUUUCUUCCCCUUUGAUUUCAUGGUGAUAGUAUAAAAUUCUAUUUUAGUACAAUUUGAUUCUAGCCGGUCUCAACUUCCAGAGUGCGUAGCAAAUCAACUAAAGAAUGAACAGUUGCGUAAUUAGAUAAUAUGCAGCCUGUAAAACAAAAUAAGCAAAUAUGUGAGACACAUAGGUAUGCAAGUGUGUCAGGGUUUGUUUCAAUUUUUAGCUUCUUAGCUUAGCCCUAUUUUACCUAUUUUCUAGCCCUUACUUGAGCUGCAGAUUGUAUACUUACCUUUUCAAUAAUUUUGUGGACACUAUGUGGACACACAGUAAUCAGAUUAGUAUGUGUGCAGUGGUAAAAUAUUCUUAUAUCUACCUUAUGAAAAAGAAAAUCAAACCUAAAACGUUUACAGUUUGUCAUGUUUUAACACUACUCAGUGUUAACCACUGUCUCUGUCCCAUUCUAUGCCCAUGACUACAAAGACCCACAUUGGUCAUACAUGUCCCAACACAUACAGUAAAGACAUUUUGAUAAACUUUUGUUUAUUUUUAGAAUAUAACAUAUCAUUGUGUAAUAACCAUCCAAUGUUAUAUUGCAUACAGUAUCAUGUCAUAGAUAAAAACACAUUUGUAGUUCUUAGAUACAGAAGUUGCGAAUCUAUAUACAAUGCUUUAUUGUCCUGAGAACAAACCCAUCCUUCAUUAGGAGCAUGUCAACACAACCAUUAUUAGUCAAAUAAUUAAAAAAAUUGCAUCCUUUUUAAUGUCUUUAAAAAAUAGAUUUGUUUUAUUCCCUUUUGUGAUCUCAUACAUAUUUUUCCAUUAGAUCAGAUAAAUAUCCGAAUGCGUCUACUACCAUUACAAAACUCCUUUGUAAAUAAUCACGAGUUAUUUAAAAAGAGUAUAGCAAGUUACAGUUUUUAUACCAACACCUGAAUGUGCUUUUAUUACAUUAAUUAUAUAAACCAAUAUUUGUAUGCGUAAAAAAAAAAUGUAAACAACUAAAUGAGUAACCCAGUACAGAUCAACUUUGUAACAGCUGGAUGUCUUUAAUAGGGUCCAGAUUUAGCAAGUUGUGAAAUAUAUUGUUUCUACUUGUUUUGGCAGAUUUAUCAAAAACUUUUAGUUUAUUUAUUCAUAUUCAAUGAUUUUGACUGCAAAUUGUGUGUUGGUUGGAUGCGUGUCUUGCUGUUGACUGUCCCUCUGCAUCUGCAUGCCGUUGGUAGGAAUCAUUCAUGCAUGUGAUCCGCUAAAGGCUGCAUGCUACAAAGUAUUAAAAAGAAACCCUAAGAAUUAUAGUACGACCUCAAAGUGAUGCUCUACUAAAAACUUUAGAGGUAAGAGUCACCCCUUUAAGUCUUAGAAGUCUACCUGUUACGUCCUUCCUAAGAUUACCAUCCAAUGGAUUCAUGUUGAUUCCAUUGGAUUCCAACAGCUGUUCAGGAAGGUGCAGAGUGUCAAAAGUCAAGCCGGUGAGAGUUUAAUACUCAAAAGAUAGAUUUAAGUUGAAGCAUCCCUGUAAGCUCUAGAAUGGCCAAAUGUAAUGUGGCCAAUACAAACUACAGUCUGGUGGUACCGUAAGAGUGCUGAUCUUAGACCAGCCAGACUCUUUAAAAUGUGACUGCAGGAUUAUGUAACGAUACUGCACACAAAUCAACCUUCAAUGACUCGACAGUAACGUAACAUCGAAGUCGUAAUUUUCAGGCAGAAGCAAGAGUGGGGAACAAUAGCGAUUUUGCCAAAAGAAUGCAGAUGGUUCAAGAACAUGGAGUAGACAUUUAUUACAGUUUAUUAAUCGAAAUAGAUACUAAUACUAAAACUACUUUUAAAAAGACUUUCCUGAGACAUAGUCCCUGGUUCUAGAUCAGUGUUUUUGUUUCUGUAGAAGCUUGAUAUAUGUACUUUAUUACGGCCCCUGGUUCCUUUUGCCUUUAGCUUUUUAGGGCGAUGUGGAACACUGAAUCCAGAUCUGUGGCGAGUUGUGACUCAGACGCACUGCUCGUUGCUAGACCAGUGGGACCACUCACUCUUUAGUGUCUCAUGAAUGGGGUUUAUGUUAUAAUCUUAAUGUUGUGUUGUUGUCACUUUGUGAAAUGUCUGUUUCUUUUCAUUUUUGUUUGGUGUUGCUGUCAGUGUUGUCGGUUUUAUUUCUCUAGCUUCUGCUCAGAAAUUCAGGAAUGUUUCAAAGGAUAUUUAUCACAUUAUAAAACUCAUAUCUGACUGAUAUAGAUAGUAACUAUUGAAGCGUUUGUAAUAUUUUCUCCAUGUUUUUCUAAGAAUUUGUGUUCUCCUACUGUGUUUCCUUUUAGUAUUUAACCUUUUGCAUGUGCCAAACCUGGAAAACGCAAGAACCCGACAAUAGCAGCGUUGCACUAGCUGUAGUCACAUGGAUGACUUCUUCUUUGUGGCAGCUUCUCCCUGUGCGGGCUGAGACCUGCCUAGAGCCACACCUGUUGUACACUCUGUAGGCCACACAACAUAUAGCAUGCUGCCAUGAGUGCACGUUGUGUCAGUACGCUUUAUAAUGCCAAUGUCAGUUUGAUAAACGAUUCAUCAAACACUGUACUAGAUUUUCCUGCCUGUCUAGCCUUGGGCAAAAUUGUAUCUGGAAAACAUUUCAACUUGUUGAGCAUUUGAUUUAACAUCCACAGUGAAUUUCACAGAAGUGAGACAAUAUAUUGCUUGUACAUACUCGGAGUUUCCUCAGCAACAGUCUUUUCCUUGUCUGAGCCCAACUUGCGCCUCGGUAUGUGCUGAUCUAAUAGAUCCAUCCCUUUAAUAGAAUCUCUGAUUACCUGCUUCUCAAACUCCUUUCUUCUCAAUGUUUUCAAAAUGUCACAGUCAGUGUGGGCAUGAAACAAAGAUUAAUACUCUCCCCUUGUGUGCCUUUCCCAACUUUAACAGACAUACCGUACAUCAUCUUCUUCUUCAUCAUCUUCCUCACUCCGUUCUAAACUCUCUACUCCAUACCUUUACUCCACUUGCUCUAUUUUGAAUUCAUUGUCAAAGUAGCCUAGUUAAGUUCAUUUGCUCCGUUUUUACUUAGUUUUACGCCAUGUUAGUGUUUCAGCACAUCUCGCAAAUGAAUGAAUGUGAAUAACUGUAAAAAAUAAAUUAAAAAAAGACUAAAAACGUUGCACGCUUAGUUCACAUCAUCUGCUCUGUAAAUCAGAAUUUUAAUCAAAUUUUUUUGACUGACUCCAAUAACCUUUACAGCCAUAAAACCUGACUCAUCCUCCUGUGUCUGCUUGCUUUUGCUUGCUACCUCCCUGUGCCUAUUAAUGACUGAAUGAUGUAUUAAUAUAUGUAUCGAUAAUAUCAAAGGAUGAUCAUGGGGAUUGAAGGAACAAUGAACACAGGAGAUUGAUGGGGUUUAGUUAAAUGAACGAAAGGAUGGAUGAUGAUGGCGGCUUGGUUGACAAAUGACCCCUGUGCCUCGUUCCAUUGAACCACCCCUCCCUCGUUGUCUCUUGUACGCCCUCUUUCACUAUACCCGUUCCUCUUUCCACAGUGCCUGGGCCAAGUCAAUCCAUCAUAUUAUCGACAGCGUGCUCCUCCUUUCACCCUUUAAAUCCUGUCAGGUCACGAAAGCAGUUGAUUUCUCUUGUGCUAUUCACUCAACACAUCAAUUCUACCCUUUCCUCCUCUCCACAAGUACCCCCCCCCCCCUAAUGCUUCAUGGGGAAGGAGUUAGCCAAAUGUGUUUAGCGUUUUACUUUGUUUACAUUUUAUUUGAUGUCCUGACCUUUUUGUUUUUGAUUUAAUUGAUUAGAAUGGCCAGAAGAUAAUUAACUUUCUGAUUCUUAAAUGUGAGGUUUUAAGAUGGAGGUCUGGUAUGGUUUUCCCCUUUCAAUUGGCUUUUCUUACAAUUCUCCUUUUACGUAUGAAUCUUGUGUAACGUCUUUCUUCUUUGUAGUUAGUCAUUACUCUCCGCUGUUUCCUGUUAGCUGUGAAAUGAGAGUCGAGGUGAGCUGCCAUCUGUUUGGCCGUACAGAGCACAGGGUCAAUGAUGUGCAGGAAUGCCUUAUCCCUUAACCGAUACAGUAACAUGGCCCUCUAUCUCUCCUCUCAUUGUUCAUUUAGUAUCUCAGCACCCCUGUCUUUGUACAUAAACGACUUACAGUAGAUAUCUACAUAGACUGUAAAAGAAAGAAUAUAUUGUAUUUUGCAAAUGGUGUAUGUUUGUUUUCGUCCCCUGUCAGCCUGAAAACCUUUAAAAUGAGUCUGAGCUACUUACCUUGUAAUUGAUUGUGUCAUUUGUACCUAAUGUAUGAUAAUGCAAAUAAAAAAAGGAAAAUGAGA